AAUUUUAUUCUAAAAUAUAAUUAAUACAAUUUAAUACAAACAGUUAAGAUUCAAAUUCCUUAAUUUAGCUUCUAAUAAUAAAAAAAUGGACUCACCCACCCUUUACCAUUUUUCUCCAAAAUUCCAGGCCUUACCCUUCUCAAUUUUGAAAACAAAACAACGAAGUUAGAGUAGUACGUAACAAACAAAGAAAAACACAACGCUCAUUUGCUCAAACUCCACCCUUUUUCUUCAACAUUCACUCUCAGAGAUCUCAAAUCUCGCACCUAAUUUCCGUUUCAAACUCAAAAUUCCACUUUAUUUUGUUUCGAUCCAUAACCGACUUCUUCCAUUUCCGUUCCAUUUCCAACUUUUUUUUCAUUUUUUUUUUCAUCGCCUUUGGUUUCUUCUCCGCCUUCUCCUCUACCACCACCUUCUCCCUACAUUGCUUGCCGGAGACAGUGUAGACAUAGUUAAUCAAAGGGGAGAAAGGUAUCCGAAACGAGCAUGCAUUGGGAACAGGAGGGAGGGGGAAAAGGGGGAACUUUGAAUCAAAUUGAAGAAGGUGACCGGCUUGCACUUCUGAUAGAGUGGAUAAAUGCCGUGCUUCCUAACUUUAAUCUGCCUUUAGAGACUUCUGAGGAGGAAUUGAGGGAUUGCUUGAGCGAUGGAUCGGUAUUAUGUAGCAUUUUGGACAAGUUGGUUCCUGGUUCACUGGAGGGAAGUGGUUCUUUGGAUGAGCUGGUGGGUGUCGAAAGGUUUCUGGUGGCCUUGGAUGAACUUGGAUUGUCAGGAUUUGAAAUGUCAGACCUGGAGCAGGGAUCCAUGUUGCCCGUGUUGCAGUGCCUUGAGAAUCUGAAAUCUCACUUUGUAUAUAAUGCGGUACGAGAAAAUAUCCGAGGUUGUUCUAGGAAGAGGUGGGACCAGCCGAACCUAACAUCCCCUGAAGAAACUGAUAGUUGCCUCAAGGAUGCUUCAAAUUUCCAACAUGCCGUUGAUGGCUCUGUUGUAUCAGAUGGUAUUGCUUCGAUCGAUCAUAUUGGGUUCAAGUCUAAUGAACUGUUGCAGUUGAAGCAAGGACUGCACAUGGAUCUUUCAGAUGCUAAACUUAAUGAAUUAUUAAAAUCAAACAAUUUGGACAGUGUUCCAACUCGAUUUCUUUUUAACAUAGUAAAUAGGAUCUUAAGUGAUAUAUUUGAAAGGAAGAAUGGAGAUAUACCUCAAGCUCAACGUACAGCAUGCCUGUUGAGGAAAAUUUUGCAAGUAAUUGAGUUACGCUUUUCAAAUCAAGCAGAAAGCAUGAAAAGUCAAAACAAUAUUUUCAAGGCUCGUGAGGGAAAGUAUCAAACAAAAAUAAAUGCGCUUGAAACCUUGGCGGUAGGGACAACCGAAGAGAAUGAGGUUGUGACAGCAUGGGUUCAGCAGUUGAAGUUUUCUUUGCAGCAUGAGCAAAAUAAAUUUGAGGAGAUGAAGAAACUUGAAGAGCAGGAUUUUUCUCGAUUGAAGAAAGACAAAGUUCGCAGUGAAAUUGAAAUUUCUCAAAUGAAGCAAGAUUUGGAAAUGGCGAAAAGAUCACAUGAAGAACAUGUUUUGCAGUUAGAAUUGCAAGCUUCUGAAUCUAAAGCUGAGUAUGAGAAAAGGAUACAGGAACUUAAAUGUCAUCUGGCUGAUGCGAGGAAGCAAGUGAAGGAACUGGAGGCAUUUUCUGAAUCCAGAUAUUUGAAUUGGAAGAAUAAAGAGCAUACCUAUCAAAGUUUUUUAAAUCAACAAUUUGGAGCUUUCAAGGAAUUGAAAGCUGUCAUGAAAUCUGUCAAAGAUGAAGUGAUAAAAACAAAAAGAAGCUACUUAGAGGAAUACAAGUACUUUGGGAUGAAGCUCAAAGGUCUAGCCGAGGCUGCAGAUAAUUAUCACGUUCUUCUAACAGAAAAUAGGAAGUUAUAUAAUGAAGUUCAAGAUUUGAAAGGAAAUAUCAGAGUAUAUUGUCGAGUUAGACCAUUUCUUUCGGGGCAAAGUCAGAAGCAUACAUCAGUUGAGUUUAUUGGCGAUGAUGGAGAACUAAUUAUUAGCAAUCCUCAUAAACAAGGAAAGGAAAGCCGCAAGCUUUUUAAAUUUAAUAAGGUUUUUGGUCAAGCUGCGAGUCAGGAGGAAGUAUUCUUGGACACUCGUCCGCUAAUUCGUUCUGUUCUUGAUGGGUUCAAUGUUUGUAUAUUUGCCUACGGUCAAACUGGCUCGGGAAAGACUUAUACCAUGAGUGGACCUAGCUUAUCAUCAAAAUCAGAUUGGGGAGUCAACUAUCGGGCACUUCAUGAUCUUUUCCAUAUCUCCCAGAGUAGGAAAAGUUCUAUUGAUUACGAAAUUGGAGUUCAAAUGGUUGAAAUUUAUAAUGAGCAAGUUCGUGAUUUACUAUCAAGCAACGGUCCUCAGAAGAGACUUGGGAUUUGGAAUACUACCCUACCAAAUGGGUUGGCUGUUCCUGAUGCAAGUAUGCAUUCUGUGAAUUCAAUGAAAGAUGUUCUUGAGUUGAUGAACAUUGGGCUGAUGAAUCGGGCAACUAGUGCCACUGCCUUAAAUGAAAGAAGCAGUAGAUCACACAGUGUUCUCUCUAUUCAUGUUCGAGGAACGGAAGUGAAGACCAACACUCUGUUGCGUGGAUGUCUGCAUCUUGUAGACCUUGCGGGAAGUGAAAGGGUGGAUCGUUCUGAAGCAACUGGAGAUAGGCUUAAGGAGGCUCAACAUAUAAACAAAUCACUAUCGGCGCUUGGAGAUGUUAUAUUUGCUCUGGCUCAAAAGAGCCCGCAUGUGCCAUAUAGAAACAGUAAAUUGACUCAACUCCUUCAGAGUUCGUUAGGUGGUCAAGCAAAAACCCUUAUGUUUGUACAACUUAAUCCUGAUGCUGCUUCAUACUCUGAAACUAUAAGCACGUUGAAGUUUGCUGAAAGGGUUUCUGGUGUUGAGUUAGGCGCGGCUCGUAGCAACAAAGAGGGAAGGGAUGUGAGAGAACUAAUGGAGCAGAUGGCAUCUCUCAAGGACACCGUGGCAAGGAAGGAUGAAGAGAUUGAGCGGUUGCAGUUGCUCAAGUCUAAUCAUAACGGUGCAAAACUUGGAAUGAUCUCACCAAGACAUGCACCAUUAUCACCAAGAAAUGCACCAUUAUCACCAAGACUUGCACCAUUAUCACCAAGAAAUGCACCAUUAUCACCAAAACUUGCACCAUUAUCACCAAGGAGACAUUCCAUAGGGACUCCCCGCAACAGUCCCCACAACAGCAUGAGACUUUCUGGAACAAGGAGCCUUGGAGUCAAUGGAAAAGUAGCUUAUGACAUGGAUAAUGGCUCAGAGUACAGUGAUAAACAUUCUGAAGCUGGUUCCCAUCAAUCAAUAGAUGAUUUCAUGAACAAGUCGAGUUCCCUUCAGUUGAAAUUAGCUCGAGAAGACGUCAAUCAAAAUUUUAAUGAUGACAUUGAUCUCUUAGGAUUUGGAGAUGCAGACUCAGAGGAGAGAUUAAGUGACAUAUCUGAUGGCGGUCUUUCAAUGGGAACAGAAACUGAUUCAAUCAGCAGUAUUGUAGAGUACACUCUUUUUCCUGAUCUAGAGAAGGCAGCUGAAAUUACACCAGCUAAGGAUAGAGCAUCCAACAACCUUCCGGCUCAGAGCACAGAAAAGUCUGCUAUGCCAUCAAGAAUUCCCAAAGCCCCGCAACCGCAAGUCCAGCCAAAAUUGCCGACAAGAACUUCAAGGCUAUCAUUGAACAGAAGUACCUCAAAGGUUUCUUCAAGUGUUAAAAAACCCAUAACCGGUGGCUCUUCGUCGGCGAGGUCCUCUAAACGAUGGCAAUAGUUAGGAGGAUACCACUUGGAUGUUGUAGAGUGUUUGUAGAGAUAGCCUGUAGGAACUUCUCAUUGACCUUAGGUUACCUAAGGCUCAAGAGUUAUAGCUCAUUUCAGCUUCAAUGUGUUAUUAUUGAAUGAGGAAAUUGCAAACUCUAGCUUUGUAACCAGUUUGUAUGUAAGCUUCAUGGUCUUGUUACUGAAUGUCCGAAUGUGUUGUAUUUAUAACUUUCCUUUCACUUUCAGUAAUGUUUCCUGGCUUUCUACUA